GUCUUUGUUUCUCCCCACCUUCAAAGCAACGAACAGAGGGGGAAGAGAGAGAGAGAGAAAGAGUAAAGAGAGAGAAAUUUAGGGUUUUUUGGGGGGAGAGAGAGAGAAAGUUUGGGGUUUUUAUUGUUAUAUAUUUUUUGUUGGGGGGAAUUUGAAUGAUUUGUGCUGGCCAUGGUCCUGGCGCCGAUGAGGAAGUCGUUCAAGGAUUCGCUGAAAGUUCUAGAAGCUGACAUCCAGCACGCUAACACACUAGCUUCAGAAUUUUCACGGGAGUAUGAUGGUGCUUGUCUUCAAAUGCGCAUGUCAUAUAGCCCAGCUGCCCACAUCUUUCUUUUUCUGGUUCAGUGGACAGACUGUAGCCUUGCAGGCGCUCUUGGUUUGCUCAGAAUCUUAAUAUAUAAGGUUUAUGUCGAUGGAACAACGACUAUGUCAACUCAUGAAAGGAAAGCAAGUAUCAAGGAAUUUUAUGCUGUGAUUUUUCCCUCCCUGAUGCAACUGCACAAGGGGAUAACUGAUAUGGAAGAUAAAAAGCAAAAAGCAGUGUGUAUGGAAAGAUACAGAAGGAGAGAUGAUGAGGACAGGAGAACGUUCUCAGAGAUAGAUGUCGAGAGAGAGGAGGAAUGUGGGAUCUGCAUGGAAAUGAAUAGCAAGAUUGUGCUACCCAACUGCAGCCAUGCCAUGUGCAUGAAAUGCUACCGUGAAUGGCAUUCAAGAUCACAAUCAUGCCCGUUCUGCCGAGAUAGCCUCAAAAGGGUAAACUCUGGUGAUUUAUGGGUAUUCACCGACAGCAGAGACAUUGUCGACAUGUCGACAGUGUCAAGAGAAAACCUGCGGCGCCUCUUCAUGUACAUAGAUAAGCUACCUCUCAUCGUUCCGGAUUCCGUGUUCGAUUCCUAUGAUUCUCAUGUCAAGUGAUAACAUAUAAUAUCAUCAUCAAAUCAUCAUAUGAUCAUUCUUUCAGUUAAGUGGCAGUAUAGCUCUGGCUGAUUGAUUUAUGUUGACCUCUGAUUUUUAUUUGGGGAAUGACAUUAUGGGUCUGUAUAUUUGUGGUAGGGUUGUUGUAAAUACCUGUAUAGUUUUAUGAAAUUUCUGUGGCUGGAUGCUAGCGAACCGAAACUCUCUGUUAACUUGCUAAAUGUAUAGAUGUAGGAUUUAUUUACCUGGGUUGGUUCUCUGUAUGGUUUCUGUUCUCUCAACGAAUCUCUACUUCUUUUAACUACUUGUAGUUAAGUUUGAAUGCGAUGCCGGAAAUUAUU